CUUGUCCAAGUCCCUGUAUCUUGCAUCAGUACUGCAUAUGGCUCUUGUCCUUGCCAUCCGACGUAUUUCGUAUGAUCGUUCUAGUCCUGACAUCCCCUCCCAAUCAACACCGCUUCCAAUUCAAGGAGUUGUUACUAUCGCAUUAUGUUCAUGACAUGGGUACCAUGACAUCUGGGCCUGAUAGUGACGGUCUCACUCGUGACCCACGUUAUCGUCUCGAGCACGCACUCCUUGCUGCCUGGAUUAGCUGGAAGAGUGUGCACUACGAUUUCUCUCGAGUAGAUCGCGUAGCAGCACUUCUCUGGAAGUCAGUGCUAGCGGGAACAUUGAUGGACCAGUAGCCAUGGUUAGGUGCAUUCACAUUUUUCUUGCUCUUUGGCUUCGCGGACGAAGCCGAGAAGCACCACUGCGUAGCUUUCAGCUCCGUCAUAAGCACUUCUCUUGGCUCUACAAUGAGCACGCUUUCGCCGCAUGGACCGUUAGUAAACGAACUGAGAAAGAUCAUCGCGCCCUUACUCAACAAAUGGCGUCUGCUCAAGGAAGAUGGCACAAAUUAGCCCAAGGAAAAUUCCACAGCUGGAGAUAUGCGUACUAGGCGAUGAUCACAUUGUAUUCGAGGCGAGUUAAUAUGAGUUCCUCCGAGUCGGUCUCUGACACCCGACAUCAUGCCUCACGGUUCUGAGGACUAGCGACUACUAUGUUGUCGCUGGGUUAGUCAGUCAAUGCCUAUCCAUUUUGUGACGCAGCUCUUAUAGCUCACAGCAUUGCCCUUUGCUCGGCCUUUUGGUUCAGGC